CGAUAGAGUUCUGUCUACUGAGGCCAGACGGAGGAAGCCGGCCGUGGUGUCGCCUCACACAUCCCUGAACUGCCUGGUAACACGCGGCAGCUGCCUGCAAGCAGCGGGGACUGGGCCCCGGGCCCCGGACAGCGCGCAGAGCCUAGGCUCGCGCGGUCCUCCGCGGCAGGGAACCAGUACCAAGGCCAAAAACGAAAGCUCUGGCCAUGGCCAUGGGGCUCUUCCGGGUGUGUCUGGUGGUGGUGACCGCCAUCAUCAACCACCCGCUGCUGUUCCCACGGGAGAACGCCACAGUACCAGAGAACGAGGAAGAGAUAAUCCGCAAGAUGCAGGAGCACCAGGAGAAGCUGCAGCUGGAGCAGCUGCGCCUGGAGGAGGAGGUAGCCCGGCUGGCGGCUGAGAAGGAGGCCCUGGAGCGGGUGGCGGAGGAGGGCAAGCAGCAGAAUGAGGCGCGUGCGGCCUGGGACCUCUGGAGCACCCUCUGCAUGAUCCUCUUCCUGAUAAUUGAGGUAUGGCGGCAGGACCACCAGGACGGGCUCUCGCCCGAGUGCCCGGGCGGGGAUGAGGACGAGCUGCCUGGGCUGAGCAGCUCUCCACUGAGGGGCCUCACCCUGCCGGACAAGGCCACGCUCAGCCACUUCUAUGAGCGCUGCAUCCGGGGGGCCACGGCAGACACUGCCCGCACCCGGGAAUUCGUGGAAGGUUUCGUGGAUGACUUGCUGGAAGCCCUGAGGAGCCUCUGCAACCGGGACACAGACAUGGAGGUGGAGGACUUCAUUGGGGUGGACAGCAUGUAUGAGAACUGGCAGGUGGACAGGCCGCUGCUGUGUGACCUCUUUGUGCCCUUCACGCCCCCAGAGCCCUACCGCUUCCACCCGGAGCUCUGGUGCUCCAGCCGCUCUGUGCCUCUGCAUCGUCAGGGAUACGGCAAGAUAAAGGUGGUUCAGGCGGACGCUGAUGCGCUGAGCUGUGUCUGCGGCAAGACCAAGCUGGGGGAAGACAUGCUCUGUCUCCUCCACAGCAAGAACAACACGGUGCAGCCCAGUGGCAAGAUGGAAGAUCUGCUGUGCGCCAGAGAUUCCCAGCACCUGGACACCAUGCAAGUCAUGAAGUGGUUCCAGAUAGCCCUCACCAGGGCCUGGCACCGCAUCGCCCACAAGUAUGACUUCGACCUGACCUUUGGUCAGCUGGACAGCCCAGGGUCCCUCAAGAUCAAGUUCCGCUCAGGGAAGUUCAUGCCCUUCAACCUGAUUCCUGUGAUCCAGUGUGAUGACUCAGACCUGUACUUUGUCUCCCAUCUUCCCAGGGAGCCCUCCUGGGACACCCUGGAUUCCAGCACGGACUGGGUUUUGUCCUUUGCAGUGUAUGAGAGACACUUCCUCCGAGUGACCUUAAAGGCACUGCCCGAGGGCUCCUGCCACCUCAGCUGCUUGCAGAUUGCCUCCUUCCUGCUCUCCAAGCAGAGCCGCCUGACAGGCCCCAGCGGACUCAGCACCUACCACCUGAAGACCGCCCUGCUGCACCUCCUGCUCCUGAGGAGAGCCACCGACUGGAAGGCUGGGCAGCUCAACGCUCGUCUGCACGAUCUGCUCUGCUUCCUAGAGAAAAGUCUGCUUGAGAAAAAGCUCCAUCACUUCUUCAUUGGUAACCGCAAGGUGCCAGAGGUCAUGGGACUCCCUGAGGCUGUGCGCAGAGCUGAGCCUCUCAACCUUUUCCGGCCCUUUGUCCUGCAUCGAAGUCUCUACCGUAAGACAGUGGACUCCUUCUAUGAGAUGCUUAAGAAUGCGCCGGCACUUGUCAGCGAGUAUUCCCUUCAUGUCCCCACUGACCAUGCCAGUCUGCCCCAGAAAUCUGUCAUCUUGUAGAGCUUGUGGGACCAGGAUAUCAGGACGAUGGUAUCUCCCAUGUUCACACCCUGGGGGCAUCUGCAAGCCCUGUCCUGGGAACAAGGCAGGCUUUGGUGAGAGCCACUGCCGGGAAGCCAGGCCCUACAGAGCAGAGGAAAUAAUGCAAUUGGAAGCUGGUUUGCUCUCAUGUCAUUGGGACCUGUUGGGAAAGCUCUUGUUUGGAUUUAGGGACUUUUCUUUUCCAGUUUACUUCUGGAUCACCACGAAUGGGCAAGAUGAUGACAGAACACUGUGGACACUGAGUUAGCAACAAUUCAACAAUUGGUUUGGGUGUGAUUCAUUUUCCAUCUAGGGUCCAGUCUGUACUUGUAUCAAUAGCAGGGGAUCUACAAGAAUGCUGACAAGGACCUGUUCCAGCAUCUCUAAUCCCAGGAAUCCUUGGCCCCAGCCAUCUGCAGCUAAAGUACUAACAGGGAAUCUUUGAUCCACAUCCUGCACAACAGUAGGGGUCCCACUGUGGCUGCCACUGUUUUAUACUCUUUAAAGAAAAGACCUGAUGGAGAUUUGAGGCCCCAAGUGACGAAUGUCUGUCAUGGGAAUGGGUACUUGGUGGCAGAGAGAAGCUUGAAAUUGGCUACACUUCUCACUCAGGUGCACACCUUUCCACCCUGCAUACUGUGUCCCAAGCACCAUGAGUGUCAUUUACCAUGCUGGGUGCCAGCUCAGCAGCCCCUCACCUCUCUUUAUUCCCCUUACAGAGUGGUAGGGGGAGGGCAGAUGCUGAUGGUGGAAGCUGAUCUAGAGAUAAAGAUGCACACACAGGGUGGCUGGGGAAGAUGACAGAGCCUGGGCCUGGGUGCCAGGGUCUGUCUGGCAGUCUGGCCCAGUUCAGAGAAGUUUCAGAGCCCAGGGGCAAGGGACGCUGUACCCGUGGGUUGUCUCAGGGUCCCAAUCCUAGGGCGGGGUGUGCUUGGAAGCAAGAGCUACUGUAGAACCCAGCUCCAGUCUGCAAGCCCCAUCCCCCGACCCCUAGUUCCUCACUGCAGCAGGGAUUCCUCAGUGCCCAGAAUGCACCCUUACUACAUAAGCAUGGCUGAACAUGGAGAUGAUCCAGACCCAUAGAGCCUGGUGGAGACUCAGUGGACUGAGGACCCACAGUGACAGCACUAUGGGCACAACCACCAGGCCUCAGAGAGGCCACCUUGGCACGGCUAGGGACUAUGGUCACUGGUGAUCUCCAGAGCCUGCAUUGGAGCUGGGCUGUGUCCCUAGAUCUGGUUCAAAAGGAUCAAGAAGGCUCUUCACUUAAAGCUUCACUGGCCCUUUGAGAUUUCCUCCCUCAACAUUACCCCUUGCAGGGGUCCCAAGGAGAAAUGAAGAGAAUGGAGACUGUGUGGGUGUCUCCCUCCAGCUAAGCCUCCUCCUCCUCCAGGGGCAGCUGCAGCUCCAGCUCCAGGGUUUAAGCCAGCCAUGCCUCCCAGACAACACAACCAACUCAACAAAAAGGCGCUCCUUUCUCCUACCUCCAGGAGCUCUCUCACCUAGCCUCGUAAAGCUCAGGAAGAUGGACUUUUUGCCUGCUAGGGUUAAUCUAUGGUGGGGAGGCUCAGCUGUGAUCAGGGCAACAGAACCAGUAGGAAGCCUCCUUGUAUAAGCCAGAGUUAGACUGAGUUCAGGCUUGGGUCCGCCCCCUCCCCAGCCUCCCGACAGCCAGCCCGAUGCCCCGGGACAUAAACCUGCUCAAGUGUGUCUAUAACAACAACCCGAGCACCGCCACCCCCAUUCCAAUGAAUGCAUUUCCAGAAUCAGAGUGAAUUUCCUUAUUUAUUAUCGUCCUUGCUUUUCUCCACUUCAUCCUGAUCCCUUAAGCUUUGAAGAGACUCCAGCAACCAAAAAAUAUCCUCCAGAAGCCACUACCAAGCCUGGAUCUCCCUCAUCUUCCCCUUUGCAUCUGAGAGAAAGUUCACUGAAGAAAUACCCUCUGGCUUCUUGUUUAUACAGAGACUAUAGAACACAGUGGGGAAACAGGAACCUUUUGUGCACCAAAGCUGCUUCUGAAGCAGAAAGCAGUGGGGCUCUUGGUUUUUCAUGCUGCCUUAUUUAUAUUAAAGGAAGAAUUACAUUUUGCAAGAAGUA